AUGGCGACUACCACCGACAUUCUUUUUUUCAAGGCCGGCCAGGCGGACUUUGACGAGGAAACUUCAAUUGUGACCCCCCGACGGGGCCAGGGUCGGAUUGUCGUGACACAGCCCAGUGACAGCGAGGAGUUAAUAUCGUUUGUGUGGGAGCCUCGAGGCACGGCCGGUGGCGAGAAGGUCGAGGUGUACCCAUUUGCUGGAGACGCCACCUUCCAGCAUGUCCCUGCAUGCAAGACUGGCCGAGUGUUCAAGCUGCAGUUUGAGUCGUCUGGCGAGAAACUCUUCUACUGGGCCCAGAACCCCACCGACAGCGAAAACGUGUGGGAGCUGAGCAAGGAGGACAAGCGGGUUCUCAACACAAUGCAGGCAAUUCUGGAGGAGCAGGCUGAUGACGCUGAGGAGAACGCGGAAGACGUGGAUAUGCAGGACGCCGAACCCAAAUCUGCCCCUGCAGUCAACCCCACUGUGCCGGAUCUGGCUUCUAUGAUGAGAAACAUCCAGGUGCCCCAGAGCCAGUCCCAGAGCCACCAGGCCGUGCCGGUCAUGAACAUUGGCUCUGUAGUGAGUCAGAACAUGAUGGCCGAGCACAUCAGAUCGCUGGACGACCAGGAAGUGGAUCGCCUGUGCUUGUUGCUACCCGACGUGAUUCCCAAGACCCGAGAGUCGCUCAUCGGCGUGGUUCAGUCGCCCCAGUUUGCUCAGGGCAUGAACACCUUUGAUUCGGCUCUAAGAGAGGGCGCUGCUAGUAUUAUUGCCAGAGAACUAGGCCAGGAGUAUCUUGGAGAGGGCGUUGAGGGGUAUCUGGAGAGUGCCAGAAAGGCUGCCAAGAAGGAGGAGGACAAAUGA